UCACGUUUUGCAGGCGUGUGCUUAGGUUUCCUGAGCACGUUCGGAGCUCAAGAUCAUGCCCAGUCUGUGCAUCAGCAGGACGCAGAGCUGCAGGAGCAAGGUCGUCAUCUGAAGUGGAGGAUGGAGGGUGGGAACAGCCCCAGCGACGCUGUCUCUGCAGGCAGGAGGCUUGCAGCACGAUUCACAAACCCUCCCAGGACAUUCUGGAUCAUCUUGUCCAUCGCAUUGCUUUUUGCAGCUGUUGGCAUCAGCAUUGGGGGGAUUCUUGGCUUCUCCCACGGCUCUGCCCAGGCCGGACCACAGCUCAGCCGGAUCACACUGCAUGGAGAGCAGGACGUGCCGAGGAACCAGACAGCCACAGUUGAUGUGUCCAGGAGCACUGUCACCUACUACAUCACCUCCCGGAGUAACCGCAGUGCCAUUGUGCUGUACGACAGCCAGCAUGGCUAUGUGUGCUACAGACCUGCAGAGCAGCAUGCCUGCUACCUGCGCACAAUGGACCCUGAGGACCGUGAAACUGCACAGGUGAUGCUGAGUGCAACUGAGCAGAGGGGUGACACAUUGCUACUCCGGAAUAACCAGACCAAGUACUACAGGGACUUCCUGGGCAUUGUGGCAGGGGAACAAGUGGACCCCAAGGGCCUGGGUGAGGCCAUCCAAGCCCUCUGUGAGCAGACGUACAUCUUCUGGGUCCGGAGAGCAGAUGGUCCAGGGAAGCAGCGGUUGAUCUACCUUUGCAUUGACAUAUGUUUUCCAAGCAAUAUUUGUGUGUCUAUCUGCUUCUAUUACCUUCCUGAUUAAGUCCCGCAGCCACAGAUGCCCUCUCACUGCUCUACAUACUUGAACUGUAUUCCUGAAAAGCCUCUGAUUUCAGCAAGGAAGGUAACAUCUACACCACUGCCUAAAAGCUUCCUACUGAUCUCAUGCUGCAGUUCAGGAGAAUCUAGGUAAUGCAACUCUACUCAGCACUGUUGGUACAGACACUUUAUUUGCAGCUGCACUCCAGGGCUGCAUCUUGUACGUAGGCAGUAGAUCUAGACAGAGGAAACACAUGGAGUAGCUUGUGUUUUGUGGCCAUGUGCUCUGUUCGAUACUGGGUUGUUAUACUUGCUGGGGGUGGUGGUUUUCUAAGAGAGCAGAUCUCCCAAAAAAGUCUGUGAAACACAUAUUUGAAUAAAGGGACUGCAGAACAAGAAAGCAGCUGCCUUUCCUCUCUCUGUACAGCCCAUUCCAUCAUUUAGAAAGGCUGAUUUUUUCCACUUUGGGAAAAAAAUAAAAAUAAAAAAA